AUGGCUCCAAGCUUCAAUUAUACCACUGUUGCUGGCACCCUCGGGCUCACCUUUUCAGCCAUAUUCCUUGGGGCCAAUCUGGGAAUCUCCUACAUCACUGUGCCGACGCUGUUGCUGUCUUCGCCGCCUUCCCCAUUGCCUCCUCCAGCAAACGCCCCUAAUGCGGCAUCUCUGACGAGCGCUGCCUCGGAGAAGCCAGUAACAAAGGCAUCGCAUCUGGCCCGCCAGUGGCAGCACGUUUAUAACAUUGGCAAGAAAGCUGGUCCAGUGGCCGCCUUGCUGGCCAGUGCAUCCUUUCUCUUUGCCUUCCGAAACCUGCCAGUUGCAGCAACACGUCAGAGGCGACUCUUCUUGGCCGCUACCGGACUAUGCUUAUCCAUUGUGCCGUUCACGUUCACGGCCAUGAAAUGCACAAACGGCGAGCUAACUCGCCGAGCCACUGCUGCCACAAGGGGAGAGGAAGACGACGCCAAAUUUGAUGCCCGGGCGGGGACGGUCGAGAGCUAUCAAACGCAUGAUCUCCUGAAUUGGUGGGCAACGCUGAAUACAUUGUAA